UGUCAAAGGGAGGCCCAAAGCUUGGCUUGACUGGGCGGAGAGACCUAACACGCACGCGCCGCCGCCUGCUCGGCCGCCGUCAACUGCCCGUCGACGUUCCGGCCUCCCCCUCCCCAGGUCCUGUUUGCGAGUGCGCCCCCGGGCCCCAGGCUGCUGGUCUGCUGCCCUACCGUGCUGCCGGCCGGACGCCCCUCGCCGCCGCGCGCCUGCGCUCUUCCCUGCCGGCCUGCCGCCUCCCGCACUGGCUCCCCUAACUGGCGCCGUUCUUGAAAAUUUUCUACAUGGGGAAGAAGCCGGGCAGCGCUGGCCCUUCCUCGGCAUCCAGGCCCAUGAACCAGGCCGUGUCGCUCCGCGAGGAGACCUCCGGAAAGACGCAAGCCGACACGCCCUCCCUGCUGAGGGUCCAGCACCUGCAGCGGCUGGGGGCGUGGGCAAGCGGCGAGGCGGGAGUUGGCUCGAUCGGAGCGCUGCUGGGCUGCCGCUUCGCCACCGACGCCGAGGCGGCCGGGAUCCCCAUAGGUGCUUCCACCUUCCUUUGCCAGAGAUGUGAAUCAAUCUUACAGCCAGGCUUCAACUGCACAAUCCGCAUAAAGAAGAACAAAAAUAAAGCAAAACGGCGCAAGAAGUCAAAUCCUGGCCAAAACAGUGUUGCCUAUGCAUGCCAUUUCUGUGGAGACCAAAACCUGAUACGGGGUAGUGGAAAAGGCAUCGUGAAGGGACUGUUAUCAUCAAGAAAGCCUGUUAGCACAAUGUUGAAAGCAGAACAUAUGAACGUGCCAACAGUAACUACUAAAAAGGGGAUCGAGCAUUCUGUGACAGCAGCCUCGUAACCGGAAUCAUCCAGGCUGAAAAUAUCCAUUCUUGAAAAGGAUAAACAAGGUAAUGGGCCUAAAUCUAAUCUUCCUGAAGAUUAUAAAGUGGAGAAAGGGGCAGUUUUCUCAAUGGUGGAUCGUGGUCAGUUAGCGGCUGCACACAAAGACAUCCUGAAGAAAAUCGAAGUAGAAAGCGCACAUGAUAAAUGUGUGAAUGGAAUUGAGCCUGUGGCAUCUAAAAAUACUAGUACAUGCGAACAUGAUGUCACUUCUGAAGCAGAAUUUCUAGCUGGGUCAAACUUUGUUACUCCUCGGAAGAACAAACUGGCGGAAGUGGCUGCGCCUAUAGCUUCAGCAGAAGCAUUGAAGACUAGAAGUACACUGAACAGCAAAGCGCAGAAUUGUGGUUCAGUUGCUGGCAGUUAUAGCAAGUCAGCUUCGAAUACCAAAUCUGCUCCAGGUGGUUCUACUAAUCAGGCAGCUGGCAGUUCAAGGAAGCGGGCAAGAAAAGGGUGGACUACGCUGAAGCAGAUUGCUGAGAAGGAGGAGCUUGAGAGAAAAGAGAAGAUGGAUAACUUUGUAAUCCCGUUCUUCAUGCAGUAGAACAUCUUUUACAGUUGGCCCCUGCCUGCUGUAAACGUUGGGCUGGAAGAACAGUUAAUUCACAGAGGCAAAGAUACAACUUUCUUUGCUCCAUGAUAUUGUCGCUAUGCCAUGAUUUGAUGAGGAUUCUUAUUCUUUGAUGUAAUGAUGCUGGAACUGCCGCUGCUAUUGGCUUGAUCUA